UCGGGUUUUAAAGGCCGCCGAGGAACACCAGCGUCGCUAGGUGGGGAUAAGGUGCGUGCACGAGCUCAUGGCUAUGUUUCAUGGCGAGUUAUACAAGAAGACCCUCCCUAGAUCCCGGGUCCCGGCCUACUUCCACGUGCCGUACAUAGAGGCAGGGUACCGCUAUAUUCACCAGCCAUGGACAUUCUACAUCUACAGUAUCUUUUACAACAACAUGGAGACGCUCAACGUUUGGACGCAUGUCGUGGGCACGCUUCUAAUGACGUCACGUCUGUACCAAAUAUCUGUCAACUUUGACCUUGGUGACCCCUACAUGUGGCCCCUCUUAGCAGCGAUUCUCUCUUUUACGGUCAUGUUCGUCACCAGUAGUACCGCGCACAUGUUUUCUCACAAAUCUAUGGAAGUGAACUGUUGUAUGUUUAUGGCAGACUUUGCAUGUAUUGGUCUCUAUGGAUACGGCACCAUACUUACCCACUACUAUUAUUCUUUGGAUCAGUGUUUCUUGGAAUCGGUUCUUCUGAGGAACGUGUUCUACUUCGGUUCAGUACUUGCUAUACUUAGUACCGCCUUUGGAUCGAUGUCCAAAGCUAUAGUUCAUGAUCUUCAUUCCAAACGACGGACAGCCUUAAUAGUUUCGGGUCUAGGUGCAAUAUAUCUUUUGUCCAACAUUCCAAUUCUCCAUAGGAUCUGGAACUCCGAGUGGACGGACGGGAUCGCUCACCAUCUUAAACAAAUGGCCAGUAUGAUUGGCGUCUGUUUCUUCUACUCUACAAAACUCCCAGAACGUCUCUCACCGGGGACUUUUGACUUCAUAGGAAACAGCCACCAAAUCUUUCAUAUCCUGUUCGUCUUGUGUACUCAGAAUCACUUGGAUGGUGUCGUCUGGGACAUCAACUUCCGGCAGACGUUCGUAGUCCGUCGGCCUCCACCGUCCCUUUGGAACAUUUUUGGAAUCAUUGCUCUUAUCUGUUUGGCAGACAUACUGACUAUGAAAUAUUUUUAUUCUAGAUUUAAAAAGAGAUGUUUGAAGAAAGAUACAAAUUCUAAUGAACUUAAGGCGAAAACCAAUGGCUAAGCCAACAAACAGAAAAACCAGCCAAUAAAAAGAGAUGCUUGAAGAAAGAUACAAAUUCUAAUGAACUUGAUGGAAACCAGUGGCUCAGCCAACAAACAAUAUGGGGUUGGGGUUUCCGACCGAUGGCUGUUUUUGUUUGUUUUUGUUUUAUUUUGGGUUUUUUUGCCUACCUCUCCAUUCAAUUCAAUUUUAAGCCAAGAACCACAGCUCUAAGAAUUACUCCUUUUUGUUCAUUUGUCCCGGAAAAGUGAUAAUUUGACCUUGAAAUCCAACAUGAUUAACUUGUCCUUAAUUUUCAUCCCAUUCUUUCUAGUAAUUGCAUAAUGACAUCCUCUUCUUUUUGUGAAAAAAAGAAGAGGAGCGGAACUUCUUCCCUGGCAAACGAAGAUGGGUACAAAAACAGAAAUUUCUGGCCUGUCGUUAUAAUUUUGUAAUACAUAUGGGUUUAGGGUAUUUCAAUACUCAUUUGUUGAAUGUCUCAUUUGUUAUUAUUGUAAAAACUGGAUCUGGUCUACACUUGCCAAAAUGUAACAGUAUAUCACAUACACAUGUAUAUACUUCAAAAUGUUAAAAAAUAUACUAUACUACGCAAAUAUAGCUAAGCGUGAUCUAGCCCAGUCAAGUCUUUCAGCAUACUACAUAUGUGUAAUUUUACCAACGUAUGUAAUGCAUCGAAAUGAAGAUUCAUAUAUACGUAUGUAACACAAAACUUUGAUGGAUUCUUUUAUAUACAUUUCCAAUAUUGUUAUCGUUGUUUAUUAAAUUUUUACUUUU